AUGGAUAUGUACAGGUUAAUACAAAUAUUACGAUUAGAUGGGGUGAGUUUUUUUUAAAAUAUUUUUUAUAUUUGAAAAACUUUGUUUUUAUUGCAGAUAGUUCCUGAAUCCACAAUCGAAGAGCUGAAAAAAUAUGCUAAUAAACAAGCUGCUUCAAAAUUAAUCUUUCAAAACUCACCAAGAAUUGGCGAAUUCUACGAGAAUUAUCAAUUAUUGCAAGAAGAUUUCGAAAAAACCUCAUAUGUUCAUGAGACAUAUCGAUAUGGUUUUGAUAAGCCAGGAUGUUCAACAACAGCACGAUUUUCACAUCCAACAGAAUUGCCACGUUUCUAUCACGAUAAACGAAAUCCCUUUCCUAAUUUUCUAUCUAUCCACGAUUUCCUGAUAUAUUUUUAUGAUAUUUUCAAAAAAGAGAUUUCGAAACCCAUAACUGGAAGAAUAUUUGGCAAAUGGCUUGAUUCAAUUAUAAAUCGAAGAUUUAAAAAUAUGGAUUACACUUAUGAAUUGAUACAUUUUAAUGUUUUUUUUGCUGUGCAAAAAACAGCAGCGGAAAUUGAUUGUACACAUAAAUUCCGUGGUGCUAUUCGAAGAAAACAUUUCCUGGAUCUUCAAAAAAAAUAUUUCGGCGAGCAGGAUCAAGAUCUAUUUAAUCAACUGGUUCAAGAGCAUUUAAAUCCGAUUUUCGAUUCAAAACCAUUUUCCACAUGCCAAAUCUUCUACAAAAAACUCUACGAGGAAAUCAUCGAAGUCUUCGAGAAAGCUUCAACACUCUUUGAGAAAUACAAAGCGUCCUGCGAACCAUCGAAAAACCCUCUUCCAAUUAUUCGAUGUGUUUAUACGGAAAUUCCAGGCGCUGAUGAGAUUUUUGAGGACACGUUUUAUUUCCAAAAAGAAGUUUUGCAAGUUGUCAAGAGUUUGCGAGCGGAUUUUCGAGAAUCUGACCUUGGAAUCAAAGCUGAAACUUGGGAAGAGCGAAAACUUGGAUUUGUUCAUUUGAUGAAUGCAGCACAAUUUUGUGAAAUUUUGGAAAAGUAUAAGAUUUCGAGGGAUGAAUAUACUGUAUGUUUAACGUUAAAAAACCAGAAAAAAGGUUCACGAACGUUAUUUUUAUUCAUUUUUUCACCAUUUUUUGAUGAAAAAACGAAUAAAAAUACCGUUUGUGAACCUUUUUUCUGGUUUUCAAAGUUAAAAAAACCAAAAAAUAUAUUAAUUUUCAUUAUUUUCAGUUUGUCUGGUGUCCCAUGACUCGAUUCGUAAAUCAAAGCGUCUCCCCAAUCAUCUCAAACUACGGCACAUUUUGUAAACCAGCAGUAGACGCUUUCAAAGAAGUUAUGCUAUAUCUACUACAAAAUCUGCAACUUUUUUAUAAUAUGGCGGAAAAAGAGGGGAUGAUGGUUUUUCGGUGGAUUCGCGCGAAUUUAGCGGAUUUUCUCGUUGAAAGUGAUCGAUUUUAUGCGAUUGAAGUGUGGAGAAUUGAUGAGAUUUGUGCGAAGGCGAAGAAGGAUUUGCGGGGAUUGAAGAAACCGCCAAAAUUCAUAGUUCCAUCGAAGAAGUUCUAUGAAAAAUCGGAAAUGUUGGAAUACGUUCAAAAAUAUAUGUGGCCUUUAGAAUUGGAUAAGAGAAUUCUUGAAUUUAAUGAAAUGAGUAUGCAAAAUCGAUGCCCGAAACCGAGAUUUUAUCAAAUUCUGUACUGGUCGCUGGAUUUUAAGAUUUUGAAGAAUUUGGGAAAGCUGGAGAGGGAUUGGAUGCAACAAUUGAAAUAUAGUCAAAUGAGGGAUGUGAAGGAGAAUGGUUUGGAAGAAGAAAGCAGGAAGAUUUUGUUGAAUUUGGGAAAGUACGUGUAAAAUUGAGAAUAUUAUCAAAAAUCUUAUCGGUACCACGCGCUCCGCCGAAAUAAACACGCAACGCAGACCGCGUCGCGCCACAACACACACAAAUAAGGGAACGAUUCAAAUUCUCUACUCAGAAAAAAAAUUACGCAUGUGUGACAAGUCCAACCAGUGUGUAACAAGUUCCACCACUAAAUACAGCAGUUUCACAACUCCCACAAGUGUGUCCCAACUUGUCACACACUGGUGGAAAAUAAAUUUGAAAAGGCGGGCAGCACACAAGCUGCACACACUUGUACCAUUCCUACAGCAGUUUUACUAGUGUGCACACACUUGUCACACACUGAUAAAUCAUUUCGCGCGGCGCGUUUCGUCGAGUUGAAAUAUUUUCAUUUUUUUUUCAAUUUUCGGCCUAAAACUGUGCUUUCUUGCUGUUUUCAGAGAUUUUCUCAUACGUUUUUGCUCUUAUAAAUGAAGAAUAUAAAUCCUGUCACUCUCGUUUAUAACUGUUCGAAAUUUCAGCUCACUUCGUCCAUUUUUCAACCCAAAUCGACUUUAG